AUGGGAGUCGGGAUUGUGGUGCUCCUUCCAAAUGCGGCCCGUGACUCUGAGCUUGAGUUCGUUUCUGUCUCCACCGGAGAAAAAGAGGGCCAUAUUGCGUUGUAUGAUGAGGCCGUCGUGACUGUCCCUGACCUUGCGGUGGGUGUCGCGAAUGCUUCGUGGGGUCCCUUCCCAUGUGAGCUUCCGCCCGUUGCCUCCGACUUCGAGGCUGUAGCUGUAGUUUCGAGCCUCCGUCUCGUCUCCCAUAAAACGGAGAAAGGCCAUGUAAACGGGUGCCAUUCCCAGCUGAAAGGCCUCAAAGUGGAGGCAGAAAUAUUGUCCGAAACAAUGGAAUACCUAAUAAAACUUACAUAG